AUGGAUGUGGAUCGGCUGAUGCGCGAUCGAACAGUCGAGGAACUGGAAAACAUCCAAGCGAACUUGGAGUUGGUUUUUCAUUAUCACUUUAAAAACAGUUAAUUCACGGUUUGAAAAAGAUAAAUUUUUUCACUCUCCCUAUUAUUUUAUUAAAGAUAUCAAUCUACAGAUAAUUGAAGGAUAAAAGUAAGCAAAGAUUUUUUGCGUGUGAUAAUGUCAUAAAAGAGGAAAAUAAUAGUAAGUAGUCAUUUAAAAGAUCAACGUGUGUUUAUGAGCGCUUAAUUACUUUUUUGUGAAUUUCGCGAGUAUUUUUUAGGAAAGAAAUGGAGGGAAAACGCGAAGGUCUGCGAGAAAUGGUGGGACGACGGUAUCGCGACGUUCUGGAGGCCUCCAGCGAAGUUCGCAACGUUUGUGACCUCGCUGAAAAACUCGCCGCCGAGGUGGCCAACGCCAGGACGACACAUCUUCCGUCGCACAUCAAGUUGGUUUUCAGAAUUCCGUCCAAAACAAUACCACCAAUGGUUAUUAAAUUUAAACUUUGAAGUUUCGCUCCUCCAGAAGCUUGAUGAGACAUUCGAAGAAGCAUAAAAAUGAAGAUAAGAAAGAAAUUUGAGAAGUAAAACGGACUUCUUCGACUUUUCGCACGAGCAUUCCAAUCGGACUCAUACAUCUAGUUCUUUUUGAGUUGCUAACAAGGUGUCAAAUGUUUUCUGAAUCUCUUUUCUUCCGCCCUUUUUCACUUUCUUCUUUUCAUCUCCUAAAAAGUCAUCUCUAGAAAAAUGUCGACAAACAAAGGAGCCUGUGGAGCCUUUUUCCCAAAAAGCUUCUUUUUAGGUCCUUUUAGACUUUGCUUGUUUUUUUUUCCGUUUUUGUUUGUUUCUUAUGGGAUAAACUUUCUUGUAGUGGAAAUCAAUGCUUAAUUUUUUUCUCAGUUAUUUUUUUUUAAAGAUUUUAUUAAAUAAAUUAUUACUUGAGAAAAAAAUUUGAUCGUUUUCUACACCUUAUUAGCAGAACAGUAUGGAAUAGGAAGCUUUGUUAAAUGGUUUAUAUUCAUAAACUUCAUUUUUCACCCGAUGUUCAGAACAAGACGAACAAUGUUUGAUUAUUAGAACUGGUUCUCGCGACGAGCAACGGGCCAGCGAACGGUUCUACGCUCUUCACUAUCUUCUGGCGAACAUUGGCGACAACGACGAGUUGGACGACGCCUUCGCGAUGCUUCUCGUCGAGUUCCUCCACAAACAACUCGUCACUCAUCAUUCCUCUUCCAAGGUUCCCAUUCUCGUCUAGUCUUCCCGAAAUAUUCCUUCUUAAAAUUAAGGCACAUGAUCAAAGCACUAAACUCCCAGAGAUCUUAAAAAUGUUUUUUUUCCAUUUUUUCAUUCUCCCAGGACUAUUCUGUUUCAUUCACCAAUCAAUUAACGCUGUAGUUCGGGAAAAAAUAUCUUAUUUUGCUAGCUUCACUAAAAAUCCUAUUUGUGGCGAACUGUUUCGUUGAAAAGUUGAACUGGUAAAAUUUUUCAAAUUUCCUUUCCACGAAAAAGGAAAUAAGUUAACUAACUCCUAGAAGUCUCUUUGUUCAUUAGGCUUCGAAGGGCAUUUUUAUAGUUACAUAAUAUGGAAUAUUCACAAUCCAUUUUGGGAGGUAUAAUUUUGGAAACAUUAUAGAACCCUCUCGAUUUUCCUAUGAUUUUCGCCGCCGUAGUUAACAUUCGUGAAAAGAGCUUUUGCAGAUCUACAAGGCAGCAUGUGCAUUCACGAACCGAAUCGUGAGCACUAGGAGUCAACUGGAAGAAGACCUUGUGGAGACUCUCGGCGAAGUUUCCCGUUCGGAUUGGGUCAUCAACCAGCUCGCCGGAAUCGCCAUCCUUCAGUUCAAGGACCUCGACAAUCUUCUCGAAAUCUACUUGCAGAAGCGUCAUGUUCGAUCUCAAGCUUUUCGGAGCAAGAAAGAACAUUUCAGGAGUACAUCGUACGGCUCAUCAACGAUUCCUCUUCCAUUUUGAGCAUUGUUGAAGAGAUCAAGGUUCGGUUUUUUUACUGUUAGAGUGUUAGCACUGUUUGACUGACACAGUGUUUGAGAAAUCGUAAUGUUCUAAUGAAAAAUACAUUUAUCCUAAACGACUGCACUUCAUAAAGAGCUUUUUCUCACCUAUUUGAUUCCACUUUUCAAGUUUAAAAACGCGUGAAUUUUAUAAAAGAUUUGAUUUGUGUGAUAUUUUUUUGAAUAUUCAUCGAACUAUUUGCCAGAAGACGAACUAAUUAAUCACUUGGAGUGUGUUUCAGAAAACGCUCUCCGUCGUUGAAGAAGUUUUCCUUCUCGGCGAACUUCAACACGUUAUUCAGUCAAUUUCCAACGGACAUUAUAGAUCAGGUAAGUGUUUAGGAGGUUGAGAAACAACAGGAAAAUACUCCAAACAAAAAUAAUUUUGAAAAUUUGGUUCUUAAGUGAAUAUUUUCGUUUUGAAGCUGAUCUCGUUUCCUAAAAAAGUUUGUUUUUCAUCUUGAACUAUUAAAAUCCACCGUUCUCACGAAUAUGGAAGUUUUUCGGCUCGGUUUUCAAACAAGAAUAAUCAAAGUUACUUGAGUGAUUUCAUCUGCAGAACUGAUCGGAGAUAUGUGCUUCGACCAGGCUUUCCACUUUGAACGAGUGAUUCGCGAAGACGUCGAGAAGAUCGUCCGCGGGAUUCGCGAGCGCAAAACCUCCGUCGCCGUUUCGGGACAACGGAUCCAAGAUGCUUGUACUGCUUGGAUCGAGAAGUUGGUUGGAAAAAGAAAAAAUAUCUACGGAUCCUUGAACGCCUGGAUUAGCUUGAACUCAAAAUAACUGAUUCAAAAAAUAAGUCCUGAAAUGAAGCCGAUAAAGUUCGUUUUUGGGAACUAUUGACCGUCUUUUUUCAACUUCGAAAAAAUGUUUCCAGAGUGUGCGCAGUAACGCAUCCAGUCGUUGCGGAAGUUUGCGAGUACUACGAAAACACUGACCAGGUCAUCGAGCUUCUCCAAGCCAUCUCCAACUCUUUGAAACAGGUUUCCUUUUCAAACUUCUCAUAACUACAUUAUUUCGACAGGAUUGGCCAAGAGUUGGACCCAGUAACAUCGCCUACGAAAGGCUGCUUCAAACAGUCGUUCUCGACAAACUGAAGGUUUUUUUUUUCUUUUUCACCAACUCUUUAUAUUCCGUUUCCAGGAGCUGCUGAAUCAAUGGGUCGAAAAAAUCGAGAAAAAAGUCCGACACGACGUUUCUCAAAUCAAUGACGGGCCGUCGACUUCGGUUUUCGAUGAAAGAGCUUACCGUCUCAAUUCUUCGGCCCAUAUUGGCGUUUCCAACGGAUUAGUCGCGUGGGUAAUUUUAACUGGUCCCAUGGAUUUGCCUUUGAGCUGCAAAUUGAGUAUUUUUCAUUUUUGUAGAUUUACUCGUGCUGUUAAGAAAAAUGGACUGUUUGAUCGUAUCAGAAUUUGCGGUUUGAGUGUUAGUUUUCUAUCGGUCACUUGUUAGGACUUUUCCUGGUAAAAAUCCUUAAAUAUAUACUUUUGAAUUUUUAGAUGUGUGAAGAACAUUUGGCUGGAGUUGGAGAAGAUCGGAGACAAAUGUUCGCAGUACGAGACGAUCUGCUCCUCUAUGAACGACUACACGUCGGCGGCCAGUCUCAAGUCUUGUCUCGCCGACUUGGUCCACGCCUUUCUCAUGAGGUUUCCCACAUUCUAGACUAUUUCCUAGUUGGCAGAUAUUCCAAAGUUCUAGUGACUGCAAUGAUUGGUUUAAACAUUUACUGAAGAGGUAACCUUGCAAAAGGAGCAAAUGACUAGAGAAAUUUCUUCUGAAAGUUUUGCUCAACUUGUUUUUUCCCGGUGUUUUCCGUGCUUAUAUCCAUCCAAAAAAGAGAGUACGUGAGAACCUAACAAGGAAGGUGUUUCAGUGGGAGUAAUUUUUCGAAAUCUCACUCAAACAAUUUUGGAAGAUUCAGGUUGAGAUUCCUCAAAUCCUUAUCUGUUUUGUAAGUGUUCUAUUAAAAAAAUAACAUUCCGCCUUACAAUUCACUAAAUUUUUUUCUGUUAGUCAAGAACUUGGAGAAUUCCUUAAUUUUUGCGAGACAUGAAUUUGGAAAAAAAUAAUAUAAUAUCUCCAAAAAAAUAAAAAUAGUAUGCAGGAAAAGACCUUUUCGGAAAAAAGUAGAUCAUUAGUAAAAUCGAAAAAAAAAAUCUGGAGCUCUUUUUUUCCCAGACUGUGCGAUGAGAACGAACAGAAGCUGGAGACGCCCUGGAAGAAGGAGCUCUCGAGAGCGCGACUGGCCCUGGCGUUGGUCCAUUCGGACGCCUCUCUGGCCUGCUCGCUGCUGGACAAGGACUCGCGUCGGAUUAACGCCGUCAAUCAGAGACUCCACUCAGUUGUCGAACACAGCCUCGGGUUGGUCUAUCACAUCGACAAAAGUGUUGAAAGGCGUUUAUUGGUACUCGAAAAUCAACAAGUGGGGGAAAGAAUUGAUAUGUGGAAGAUGACCCGUUUCAGUGGAACGUAA